CAUAUUUUGCGCGAGUACUGUUUGACAGCUUGUUAUCUGCUUUCAUCAACACAAAAGGAGUGCUCUGUGAAAAUAAAUUGGAAAAGUGGUGAGAGUUUGAAAAAAAAACUUCAAACUAAUUGUAAAAUAAAUAAUGGCAGCAGCUCCUGUAAUAAUUCAAUCCGCUGCAAAGCAUACUUCAACGCUCAUUUUCCUACACGGAUUAGGUGACACUGGGCAUGGUUGGGCUACUACAAUGGGUAUGAUCAGAACGCCUGAUAUGAAGGUAAUCUGUCCGACAGCCCCUACGAUGCCCGUGACUCUCAAUGCUGGAUUUCGUAUGCCAUCGUGGUUUGAUCUGAAGACGCUCGACAUUGGUGGACCAGAGGAUGAAGAGGGCAUUAAGAAAGCUGCGAAGAAUGUACACGCUUUGAUUCAGGGAGAGAUUCAGGCUGGGAUUGCUCCAAACCGGAUCAUGCUAGGGGGAUUUUCACAGGGCGGUGCACUUGCUCUGUACACUGCUCUUACGUUCACUGAACCGCUAGCCGGUGUGCUGGCCUUAUCUUGUUGGUUACCAUUACACAAGAAUUUUCCAGGACUCCUCAAGUGUCCCGACACAAUUCCCAUUCUCCAGUGCCACGGCGACUGUGACCCAGUGGUACCAUACAAGUUUGGUCAAUUAUCAUCCAGUGUUCUGAAGUCAUUCAUGAAGAACUCACAAUUCCAAUCGUACAGAGGUUUAUCACAUUCCUCGUCCGAAGCUGAGUUAGAAGAUAUGAAGAAAUUCAUCGAAAAACACGUUCCUCGUCAAUAAAUGGCUGCCCAGAUGAUAUGCGCAUGUAAAUUUUAAUUGUAAUAAAAAGUCCGCAAAUAUUUUUGUAAUUCCACAAUUACAGUAGAGGAAUUAGAAAACACUCAUAAAGCAACUAUAUAAAGUAACUUAACUAUUUUAGUAAAAUUGAUUUUGUUUUCGUAGAUCGUAAAAUAUUCAUUGAAAUUGGCAAACUUAGAAUUGUCAUAUGUUCAAAAAAUUCCUAAACUACGCUAUUUGCAAAACAAAACAAAAAACGAAUUAUGAAACAAACCAGCUAAGAUUAGCCGUACUCUAUGACAAUUAAUGAGAAGCAACACAAUAAGUAUUCAAACUGAAGAUUCAACCCAUUGAGAUUGUACUGAGCAAGAUGGCUAAUAAAACUUAAUCACGUCCUUUACCAUUUAA